UUCACUCUCUCUCUCUCUCUCUCUUCCAAUAAUAUAAAGAGAGGAAGUCCUCUCAUUGGCCAUUUUUGAAAUUCACACACACACAAAAGAAAAAACAAUGCCAACCAAACUUGGAAGAAACUAUUUGAACCUUUGUUUUACAAAGAUCAAAAAUCCUCUCUCCACCGCUCAAUCCUCUCCCCCCAUCACCCACACCGCAGAUCGCCGCCGUCAAACCACCCGUUCCUUCUCCUCCACUGCUGCCGCCUUCAUCACAAACUACAACUCUCUCUACGAGAUCACCACCACCACCACCACAAACUCCGACUCCAAUUCCCCCUCCACACCCCUUUUCGGGCUCACCAAUGACAUUGGUGUCGCCGAUCCGGACGCCUAUGUUGCAGUCGAUUUCAUUACCGCCUUCACCUCCCAUCGUUUCUUCUUCUCCUCUCCUGGCAGCUCCAACUCCAUCAUAGAAUCCACCACUACCACUACUACCGAAUCCACAACCACCAUGUCACUGUCGUCCGAGUACUCCGCCAGGUACGAAGGCAACGACGACGAUUUGAUGAUCUUCAACAAUAGCCAUGUGAUCCCCACGUACUCACCAGACCCAUACAUGGACUUCCGACGGUCAAUGCAAGAGAUGAUGGAAGCGCGUGAGAAAAUGACGACGGCGGUGGCAACGACAACAACGAUGAAAAAGUCAAGUUGGGAAUUCUUGCAUGAACUUCUUUUAUGCUAUCUAGCACUCAACCCUAAAACCACUCAUAAACAUAUCCUCAAGGCUUUCGCGGACAUUGCGACAGUAAUAAAACCGCCAUUGGCGAUGAAGGAAACGGAGGAAGAGGAGAAUGUGGAUCGGGAAAAAGGGGGGAGUGAAGAAGAAGAAGAAGAAGAAGAAGAAGAGGUGGGUCCCACAUGACUUUGGUUUUCGUCUUUCUCACCUUAAUUAAUUAUUACAUCAAAACCCUUUUUCUCUUUACUUUUUGUUUCCAUAACAUUUUUUGCUCACAUCUUCUUUUACAUUUUGUAUAUCUUUUUGUUGCCACAGGAUCAAACAGUGUUAUUAUUAUCUAAUUUCAAGCAUGAGCUUAUCACAAUUUUAAUCUAACAUGGCCUUUUACAUGUUA